AUCAACAAGCUUGUCAUUCUUUCUCUGCCCCAUCGCUCGGUGUGUAGAGGCCCCCUUUUUUGAAUUCAUCCGUUUUUACCAUUGCCUCUGCUUGCAUCAUCCUACCUUUUCGGCCCUCGUUCCCGAAUACUUUUAGACUUUUCUCGCUACUUAUCCGUCAGUGAUGGCGAAAGAAGGCGAGCGGUCAGGUCCCGCCGACAAGGGCAAGGGCAAGGUUGAUGAUGUGAAAGACCUGUCCGGGGGAAAGAAGACCACUAAGACCGACGAGAAGCCGAAAGAAAAUGAGAAAAAGCAGGACGGGGAGCCCCAAGAAGAGGAGUUGAGUGAGGAGGAUCAGCAGCUGAAGAGUGAACUUGAAAUGCUCGUGGAAAGGUUAAAGGAGCCGGAUACGUCGCUUUACGGCCCUGCCUUGGAUGCGAUCAAGACAUUUAUCAAGACCUCGACCUCUUCGAUGACGGCUGUGCCGAAACCCCUUAAGUUCCUGAGGCCGCACUACGAUGAUCUCGCAGCACUUUAUGAGAACUGGUCCGCGGGCCCAGUCAAGGACUCCUUGGCUGAUAUGCUGUCGGUUCUCGGAAUGACGUAUGGAGACGAGGAGAAACUUGAGACUCUGAAAUACCGCCUUCUCACCGGCUCAGAAAAGGACCUCGGGUCAUGGGGUCACGAAUAUAUCAGACACCUGGCUUUGGAAAUCGGUCAAGAGUACCAGAAUAGGCUGAAUGCUGAAAAGGAGGUUCAGGACCUUAUUGACCUCUCGUUAUCGCUCGUCCCGUACUUCCUGAGUCACAAUGCCGAAGCUGAUGCCGUCGACCUUCUGAGCGAAAUGGAGAUCAUCGAUGAGAUCACACAGUUCCUCGACGAGAACACAUACUCGAGGGUCUGUCUCUACAUGGUUAGCAUGGUUAACCUUCUCACCUAUCCGGAAGACCAGCAAUUCCUUCGAACCGCCCACGAGAUUUAUGUCCGUUACAACGAACUCACCAAGGCGAUCGUCCUCGCUAUCCGCCUGAACGAUACCGAGCUCAUCAAGAACGAUUUGAACGCUACGUCGGAUAAGUCGCUCAAGAGGCAGAUGGCGUUCCUCGUCGCCAGGCAGCAAAUUUGGCUCGAGCCGCAGCCCGAAGACGAGGAGGAUCAAGCUUUCAUGGAGUGCCUCACAAACACCUCGGUCCCGAAGCACUUCAAAUCCCUCGCAAAGGAGCUGAACAUUCUGGAUCCGGUGAUGCCAGAAGACAUCUACAAGACCCAUCUCGAGAGCAGCCGUGGAGCUGGCCUGACCAAUGUCGACUCGGCGCGGCACAAUCUCGCCAGCGCAUUCGUCAACUCGUUUGCUAAUGCUGGGUUCGGGAAUGACAAGAUGAUGCUGGUCGAGGGUGACAAAGGUCCAUGGGUGUGGAAAACCAAGGAUGAUGGCAUGCUCUCGACAACGGCGUCCUUGGGUAUGCUUCUGCACCGGGACGUUGAAGUGGGCCUGGACAAGAUCGACAAGUACACAUACGCCACGGAGGACCAGAUCAAAGCCGGUGCCCUGCUUGCUAUUGGUCUCCUUAACUCUGGUGUGCGGAUAGACUCGGACCCUGCUUUGGCCCUUCUCAGCGACACGGACAACUUGGAUGCCAAGAACGUGCCGAUGAAGGUGGCGUCGAUCAUGGGCUUGGGUUUGGCUUAUGCUGGUUCCAACAAGGAGGAGCUUCUUGAGGUCCUGCUGCCAAUUGUCGAGGAUGUGUCGUUGGACAUGCAGCUGUCUGCCAUGGCGGCUGUCGCCCUGGGUCUCAUCUUUGUCGGCUCUUCGAACCACCAGGUGAGCGAGGCCAUCGCCACCACUUUGAUGGAUGAGGAGCGGCAGAAGCAGCUUAAAGACAAAUGGACUCGCUUUAUGGCCCUUGGUCUGGCUCUCCUUUACUUCGGCCGUCAGGAGGAGGUUGAUGUCGUUCUCGACAUCCUGAAGGCAGUCGACCACCCCAUGGCCAAGCCCACAUCCGUACUUGCGUCUGUCUGCGCCUGGGCUGGCACAGGUACCGUGCUCAAGCUGCAAGAACUCCUUCACAUUUGCAACGACAUCAUCGAGGAGAAUGACGAGAAGAAGGGAGAUGAGCUGGUCCAGUCAUACGCCGUUCUCGGCUUGUCGCUGAUUGCCAUGGGUGAGGAAGUUGGUCAAGACAUGAUUCUGAGACAGUUUGGUCACCUCAUGCAUUACGGCGCCAGCAACAUCCGAAAGGCCGUUCCGCUCGCCAUGGGUCUUAUCACGCCUAGCAACCCCCAGAUGAAGGUGUACGAUACACUGUCCCGGUACAGUCACGACAACGACAACGAUGUCGCCAUCAACUCCAUUUUCGCUAUGGGUCUGUGUGGUGCCGGUACCAAGAAUGCCCGUCUCGCACAAUUGCUCCGUCAGCUGGCGAGCUACUAUCACCGUGAUCAGAACACGCUGUUCAUGGUGCGCAUCGCCCAGGGUCUCCUGCACAUGGGCAAGGGCACGAUGACGCUGAACCCCUUCCACACCGACCGCCAGGUUUUGUCUCGCGUGUCCGCUGCGGGCCUGCUCACGGUCCUCGUCUCCAUGAUCGACGCCAAGCAGUUCAUCCUCGGCGAACAUCACUAUCUCCUCUAUUUCCUCAUCACUGCCAUGUACCCCCGCUACUUGGUGACGCUGGAUGAAGACCUCCAGCCGCUGACCGUCAAUGUCCGGGUAGGACAGGCCGUGGACGUUGUCGGCCAGGCGGGGCGCCCCAAGUCGAUCACGGGAUGGCAGACGCAAAGCACGCCGGUUCUGCUCUCACACGGCGAAAGGGCGGAGCUGGAGGACGAGAAGUACAUCCCUCUCAGCAGCACGCUCGAGGGUCUGGUAAUUUUGCGCAAGAACCCUGACUUUGAGGAAUAAGUGAGAUGUGAUCUUUUGCGUCAAGACUUAUGGGUUGGAUUUAGAUUUAGCGCAGGAUGGGCAGCGUGAGUGCUCUGGUAUGGUUGGCUUUAAUUGUAUGCAGAAUGAGUCGCAAAAUACCAUGAACAAUCAUUCACAACUAUAUAGCUCUACAAAUUUGUCUAUGAUU